GGGAUAGUGGUAUGUUUAUAUAGGGUUAGAAGGCAGUGCAAUUCACUUUUUUGUGAACAAAUGCGCAAUGCAUUUUCCAAACUGUGAAAGGCAGCAAUAUAUAACAAAGCGUCUCGUCUGCCGGAAAACCACAAGAAGAAGAAGGUAGAUUUGCGUCGAAGCUGCGCAAUAAGUAGCAGCUUGAACACUUCUGUUUUGCACGCAUCUAUCCAUGAUUGGCAUUAGAGACCCAAAAAGGAAAUGCUAGCAAUUGCUAAUGUUAUUGGAUAGAAAUAGCUAUUUUGGUGGAGGAAAUUAACCAUGGGGUAUUGACUAAAUUGAUUGCAUAAUAUUAAAUGUAACGGUUAACUAGAAUUAGCUUAACGUUUACAUUAAAAUUCUGUUAAAACGACCUGCUGAGGCCUUGUUAGCUUCGAGUCAAUCAAUCCUCGGCUUGUUUGAAACAUUACCCUGCAGUGUGGCUCGACUUGACUUGAGCCUCGCUAGCUAGCCUUUGGCAAGCCAGUUGUUUUAAAAUUCAAUUUUAAAGCUAGCAAUGAAGUUGGUCCAAUUUUAAAUGGUUGUCCACAAUUUAAUUGUUCUCAUGCAAUACGUCUCAUAUACUUUUCUGGCCAAACAAUUGUAGCUAGCUAUUGUGAGCUUGGAAAGUGGGUCGUGGGUGCAGCUAUAGCUAGUUAGCCAUAUCUGUAUUUACCCGCUACUUAUGCGAACAAGCUGCUGCAGAAACAUCAAUAAUGUCUUUGGUAGCGUAUGCUAGCAGUGAUGACAGUGAUUCAGAAACAUCUAGUUCCAUCGUCCCGGGGAGCAAACCUGGGGGGCUUUUCGCACGCCUUCCUACCCCCAAAAUAUCUGCCUCAGAGGCACUAGGAAACGUGCGACCAAGAAAAGGGACAACACACGCAUCAUCACGGAACACUGUGUCAAGUGAUGGCAAUGAGGACUCAGUUACCCGUUCUCAAGCAUUCAAAGGAGGGUUGCUUUUCGAUUUACCUAAGCCGAAGAAGCGAACAGAGCCUGUCAAAAUCACUAUACCUGAGAUAAAAAGAGGGGAUUCUGACUCUGAUGAAGAUGAACCAAGGAGAAAGAAAUCCCUGCCCCAGGGCCCUGGCACUGGCCUUUCCUCCCUCCUGCCUCAGCCCAAAAAUGUGGUUGUGAAGGAGAUGCAGAGGGCCCUAGUGCCUCACACCCUCACCAAGCGGCCGGAGCCAAAGAAAACCACAAAGCCCUCUUUAGGGUCCUCCCAGGGCCACGCCAGUGCUUGCGCAUCCCCCUCCGCCAUCAAAGCAGCAGCCAAGUCGGCUGCCCUGCAGCUAGCGAGGCAGAUAGCUGCUGAGGAAAGUGACGAGGAACUGGCCCCAGAGAACUACUUCUCCCUGGGAGAGAGCGCCAAACCUCUCCCCGCUGUGAUCCCCAACCUGAACCCGGAGCCUGUCCCCACCUCAGGCCUACUACCCGCUCCUGCAAGCAUACAGCGUGGUACCUUCCAGUCAGACGCCCCUCUGGACUUUAGUGCGAACCAAGAGGGAGCUUGGGGAGGUCAACAGCUAGGGGUGUACCAACAGCCCUCGGCAGAGCCUCAGGGCUACUACAACGAGGCUUACUACCAGGAUCCUGAGUCUGACCCAGCGUUGCCUGAGCCAGAGCAACCUAGCUCCUCCGCCCUGUUUGAUGAUGAAGCGUUCAUGAGGCUGCAGGGGAAGAGGAACAGGGGCAAGGAAGAGGUGAAGUUCCUGGAGAUCAAGGGAGAUGACCAGCUGAGUGGCAACCAGCAGUGGAUGACCAAGAGCAUGACUGAGGAGAAGCAGGAGCGCAAGUCCUUCAGCAAGAAAAAGGGAGACCAACCCACAGGGCAACAGCGACGCAAGCACCAGAUCACAUACCUCAUCCACCAGGCAAAGGAGCGAGAGCUGGAGCUGAAGAACAGCUGGGCCGACAACAAGCUGACUCGCCGGCAAACACAGGCAAAAUACGGCUUCUAAGAACCGUAACAGGAGGCUUGGUGGCAUAGCCCUCCCAUGAAGAUUAGAGUAGUACAGUCCACAAGGUUCCCUCAACAACGGGGGUCAUACUAUACCCUUGCAGUGGGGGAGGGAUUACACACCUCAUAGACCCAUCCUUGGAGAUGUUAGCACUGACUUUCCUUUUUGUUCACCCUUAUUUGUUGGCCUCCCUGGAUUUGUGAUACUUAAAACAUUUCUGAUUUAAACCAUCAUUUUGGUGGGACUAUUUUAUAUUAUGUUGGUUCUUGGCUGCAUAGGAAAUCACAUGGUUAACAGACACUAUGGUUUCUUGGGAAAUACUGUUUAAAUGCAAUUUCAUGUGGCGGUAUUUUUCAUAUUACACCUUGAACCACCAAUGAUCAAUAGUCUGGGAAUAAGAGGAAAGUUUCCCUUGUGGUGUCGAUAUUUUCUUCAUCUUGUAUGUUUCCAAGGGUGGGACAGUGACCUGUUCUUAAAUCAUGUCAAUCCAACCUUAAGCUUUCCCUCGGUUUUUAGAUGUUAGAAAACACAUUUGGUGCGCUUGGUGGAAUUGCCGUGUGGUGGCGACGCUUCAACCUGACCAGUUUGGUAUAUGUCUCUAUUGGAUUUUGGGGGAAGAGUUGGUAUCUUUUUGAAGGAGCCAGAAACUCCUACUGUCCAUCUGUGAAUAAACACGAUCAUAUACAGUGA